CUCUGACUUCUCUCCAGCCUCCUUUUGCUUUCCUGCUCUGACUUCCCUCCUUCUGCUUUGCCGUCAUGCGUCUGGCUGCUCUGUCCGUCGUCUCCUUCCUCCACCUCCUCAGGCUUCAGAGCGGCGCUUCGUCAGACGCUUGGCCCGCCUCCUCUCUGUCGGGUUUUGAGUUUCCAGAGAUCGAUGGAUCUGCUGUGGACACCUGCAGGAUUUACAUCGUCUCCGACGCCACGAUGACAUCAACAUCAACAACAACAACAACAACAACAACAACAACGACACCCGUCACCAGGAAGCAGGUGGUGGAAACAACCAAGAAGCCGGCCGUCCAGCCGCCGCCAAAGAAACCAGAACCCAAAGACACCGGAGCACCAAUCAGGACACAACCAAUCACGAAUCACCACAUCGUCAGCCUCCUUCACCGCCUCCUGGCCAAUAGCAGAGCGCACGGGGCUGGUGUUCAGCCAAUAGGACGGCAGCCUCGACGAGGUCAAGCCAUGUCAUCGGACAGCGACGAAUCAGUGGCAACACGGAAAGUCGGUUCGGCUUCUUCAGACUCCAGCGACGAAUCAUAAAACCCAACCAGGAGCCAGCUUGGAACUUCUAGCAUUUUGUAAUUUUCGCUUUAAUAUUAUUACAGCUGGUAAAUAUGUUUUAGCGACAAUGUCUCAGGAUCUCACGGUGAAUUUUGCAGGACGUUGCUGUAUCCCCAAAACACAACCAAUCAUUCUUUGGUUUUUUAUUCUUUAUCAUAUCCAAAAGAGCUGCAUCAAUAGCAGAUUUUUUUUUACCAGUUGUUCUUUGCUGCUUUAAAAAGAUGUAAUAUAACAAAACCAAAAACGUUUAUUGUUAAUAAACAUGUUAAUGCACGACUAAA